AAGAAUGUAGAAGAGAUAAAGGCCAGAAACUAAGGCAUAAUUUCCCACCCCUUUAACCUAAAAGGUUGAAAGCUAGAGCCUGUAAUUAUUGCUAUGCUGUUACGCUGAUAUAUUGAAAGACAAAGGUUCAAGCCAUGUCAAUCCUGUUGCUUUCUGCUAAACUGGCUGUUGAGAAAGGGAUUGAUCAAGGUGGAAGCGAGUCAUAUUUCACGAAGUUGUCAGACUAUAUAAUACUGUCUUUGGUAGAAGCUUUGCACAAGGUUGUCCUUCACAUAUGUACUUAUGUUUUUUAUCUUUUGGGUCCUAUGUGAUGGAGAGGAUCUUGUUACAGAAGAAACUGCAAAACGCAUGAUUAUUCUUUUGAGGAAUUUUCAGAAAACACUACCAGCGGCCACAUGGGCAUCAACAUUGUCCUUUGCUAUUGCCUGCGCAGGAGAUGUAGUUGGAAUCCAUUCUAUCACCUAACCGAUGAUGCUAACUUGUUAUCAGUACAAUGAAACCUAAAGUCCAGUGAACUUGUGCGAAUCAAUCAUUUUGAUGCUCGAUUCUCUCACAAAUAUCAUUCUCUUGGGGAGAGCGGUCUUAUGGAGAAAUGUUUUUGCCAAAGUUCGGGUGUAGUCAUUUUCUUUUAUUGUUGUUUCUUUGAUUACAGUUUUGUUUCUCUAUUUCUGAUAUUUUUGCUGCCAUUUGUUUCUAUAUCCGGUUUGCACCCCUCUAUUGUAAAACAGCAUAACGUAGGAGGAAAUUCUCCUUUCAUUGAGUCCUGUUAGGAGCUCACUCUGGUUCAGGAGAAUCCUUCUUUUAAAUAUAUCAAGAAAUAAAAUUAGCAAACUUGUUGUGCCAAAAAUCCCAGCGAUCUUGUUUUCCUGAGUUAUUUCUUCAUUUUGAUUUGGUCUAUUUGUCCCUUCCUUUUCGUGUAUCCGAAAGGAUCAGUUGACUAUCUAAGCCCAUUUCAUGCACCUCUACAAAUGGAAAUGGUGUAGAUCCAGGGGCGGAUUUAUAGGGGAGAUUAUGUGUACACUAACUGUUGGCAUCCAAGAAGGUUGAAUGGUUUAGUUAAUUAUUUACCAAGCGGAAUAAUGACCAAUUCCCACUUAAUGCAUAUUAUUUUUUUAAUAGUACAUCCAUGUACUAUAAAUCCUAGAUCCCCUAUGUUUAGACCAUGUCGCCCUGCCUCGCUUUACCCUAUAUGAGAGAUGCUUUCGUGUUUAUCAUUUACUGUUUUCUUGAUUUGCCUAAUUUAAAAGUUAAAAUAUGAGAGAGUGCUUGGGAUCACCUGAUGCCACUUGUAUGUAAAAAAUACUACCUACUUAAGACCCUGCCUUAAUGAAAAAUAAGGAGAGUUGACCUUAGUAUGUAUUCCCCGUCUCAAAUUAUUCCCGCAUCUCAAAUUAUUUGUCGUGUUUCUCUUUUACACGCUUCUUAAAAAUAUUAAUUAGGAGCAUAGUUGGACUAUUUUACUAUUAUUUAUGUCUUUAAAAUAUAAUGUCUCUUCAAUGAAUAUUCAUUAUAUUUAUGUGCUAUCUCUAUUUUAAAGCACAAUUAUAUUAAGAGUAAAAUGGAAAAAAAUAUAAUUUACUUUCUUUGAACUUUUAAAAUACUAACAAAUAAUUUGAGAUUACUAUAUUUAGAAAUACCUCCUUCGUCUGUGCCUAUACUUUUCACCUUUUCAUAUGGUAUCGGUGGGAAACAUCUUUUCUAUAUAUUCAUUUGAUUUAAUGCUAGAUAUACCGCAUUCACACAUCUCCAUACUCCUCUCUCUUGUCAAAAUACAGUAAUGGAUGUUCCGUUCGAAACAUUUAUUUCUGAAUACAUGUGGAGCACCAAAGAUCCUGACUCCCUUGCUAUUAAGCUUUCUAUCUUUAUCUACGACUCUGACAUUGAUUUCCGUGAGAAGUGUGCCGUCUUCCUUAAGAAGUUGCUUACUUCUGAUAGUGACUUGUCCACUUGGUGGAAUCUAAGUGUUUCAACUCAAUCCACCAUUAAAGCUAUUCUCCUUAAGCGUAUUUCUAUUGAAGAAUCAGAAUCCAUCCUCAAACACCUCGGUGACACUGUUUCGGGUCUAGCAGCUUCACUUCUCCCACGUAACGACUGGCCUGAACUAUUGCCAUUCUUGUACCAAUGCCUUGAUUCAUCUUCAUACAAGUUAAUAGAGUCAGCUUUCUCUAUAUUUGGGCAACUAGCUCACGACCUAGGCGACACAGUAGUCCCUUGGGUAAAAUAUGUGCACUCACGGUUACUUAAUACACUAAAUGAUGAUACCCUCGAUCUUGAUAAUAGGAUUGCGGGCAUGACUGCUGCGAUAACCUUCAUUCAAUUUCAAUGCGUAUCAAAUUCAAAUCAAAAGGAGCGGUUUCAAGAGCUAUUGCCAGCUCUACUGAGAAGGUUGACUGAUACAUUGAGCAACAGUGAUGAGGAGGUUGCAGCACACGACGUGCUGAAACUUUUCAUGAAGUUUGCCAAGUAUGAGCCUAGGUUCUUGAGGAGGCAGCUAAUGGAUGUGGUGUCUACCAUGUUUGAGAUAGCAGAGGACGAGCGUUUGAAAGAGGGGACGGGGCACUUGGCAGUUGAAUUUUUGAUUACUUUGGUUGAGACAAGAAAUAGGGCCCCUGGUAUGAUGAAGAGGCUGCCCUUGUUUAUUAGUAGAUGUUUUACAUUGUUAUUGAAGUUAUUACUAGAUGUUAAGGAUGACACUGCUUGGCAUAGUGUCGAGAUCAUGAAAGAUGAUACAGGGGAAACAAGUAACUUCAGAUUUGGUAAAGAGUGUUUAGAUCGGUUUUCUCGUGCAUUAGGAGGUAAAUCUAUUGCUCAUAUUGCCAUAGAGCAGCUAUGCACUUACUUGGAUGAUCCAGAGUGGGAGAAGCGCCAUGCAGCUAUCUUUGCACUUGAUUUCAUUGCUAAAGGUUGCUCAAAGGUGAUGAUUAUGAAUUUGGAGCAGGUGGUUGAUAUGGUUCUUAGUUGUUUCGAAGAUCCUCAUCCUCGAGUUAGAUGGGCUGCUUGUAGGGCAAUUUCCUCAUUAUUGAUUUACUUCGGUCCAGAUAUGCAAGAACGAUAUCAUAACCAAAUAAUCCAUGCAUUAACUGCAGCUAUGGAUGAUGUUCAUCCACAAGUGCAGGCAUCUUCCACUAGAGCUCUCUGCUUCUUCUGUGUGCUCGGCAAGCCAGAAACUUCAAUAUCUUACCUAGAUGGAAUAGUUAGUAAACUGCUUGUACUUCUACAGAACGACAAACCAAUAGUCCAACAACAAGCAUUAACUGCAUUAGCUAGUAUAUCGCAUUCUGUUGAGGAGCACUUCGGAACCUACUAUGACACUGUUAUGUCACACUUGAAAACUGUCCUGAGGAACACAGAUCUGAAAUCUAAUUUCAUUCUUCAGACUGCAGUAGGGUGCAUAGGCGCUGUUGUUAAGGCUGUUGGCAAAGAGAAAUUUAGGGGCGACGAAAAGCAGGUUAUGGAAGUGCUUAUGUCAUUACAAGGAUUACAAGCGAAAGGGGACGGUCCUCUUAUUAUUGACUUGCUAACAGCAUAUACUGGAAUUUGUCAUUGCCUUGGACAUGAUUUUCUUCCUUAUAUGAGUGCAGUCAUGCCCUUUUUUACUCAAUGUGCUCAACUUGAACCUGCUAUGACCAUCUCUACGCAGUCGGACUAUGGAACUAAUGAAUUAGAUGAUAAUAGUAUAGAGAAAGCCAAGAAACGAGAUGUUCUAAAGGUGAAAGCUAGCGGUUGUGCUAUGCUAUGCCUUUGUGCUGAAAUAUUAAAGGAAGACUUCUACCCAUGGAUUUCUCAGGCUGUCUCAAUUUUUGUCCCUCUUCUGAUAUUCUAUGCCCGCAAUGAUGUCAGGAUAUAUGCUGUUAAUGCCAUGUCCCUCCUGUUGAGUUCUGCUAAGCUGGCUGUUGAGAAAGGGAUUGCUCAAGGUGGAAGUGAGUCAUAUUUCACAAAGUUGUCAGACUAUAUAGUACUGGCUUUGGUAGAGGCUUUGCAUGAGGAGCCUAUGACAGAAAUAUGUGGAAUCAUGUUGUAUGAAUUGAAUAAUUGUCUGCAGCUAUGUGGACCACUUCUCACUGAAAGUCAGGUUCAUAGCAUCGUCAAUGAGAUAAAGCAUGUCAUUACAGAAAGUUCAAGCAGAAAAAAUGAACUGAGAGAGAGAGAGAAAACAGAAGACUUUGAUGCUGAGGAAGCUGAAUUAUUGAGUGCGGAAAGAAAACAAGAAGAAGAAGUUCUUAGCUAUGUUGGCGAAAUAUUGGGCACGUUGAUCAAAGCUUUCAAGGCUUCUUUCUUGCCUUUCCUUGACGAGUUGUCGCCAUAUUUAUUACCUAUGUGGGCCAAGGAUAAUACAACUAACGAGAGACGUAUAUCUAUUCUCAUCUUUGAUUCUCUUGUGGAGGAGUGCCCUGAAGCAGCUCUAAAGUACUACGAUGUAUGUCUUCCUUUAGUUUUGGAAGCAAGCAAUGAUGAAGACCCAAAUGUUAGACAGACUGCUCUUUAUGGACUUGGCCUUUGGGCGGAAUAUGGUCGGUCUUUCUUCCAACCUUUUGUUGGAGAGGCUCUUUCAAGGAUCUAUGUAGUCCUUACGCAUCUAAAUGCUCGUGAACCUGAAAAUGAAAAUGCAUAUGAUAAUGCUGUCUCUACACUUGGUAAGAUAUAUCAGUUUCAUGGUGAAAGUAUCGACUCAGCCCAGGUUAUUCCAGCUUGGUUGAAUUGCCUGCCUAUAAAAGCUGAUUUGGUUGAAGCCAAACUUGUUCACGAACAGUUAUGUUCAAUGGUCGAAAGGUCAGACAGAGAACUUCUAGGUCCCAACUACCAAUACCUUCCAAAAGUUGUUUCAGUUUUUGCAGAGGUUCUAUGUUCUGAAAAGGAACUAGCUACAAAAGAAACUGCAAAUCGCAUGAUUAAUGUAUUGAGACAUCUUCAGCAAACACUACCAUCAUCCACUAUGGAAUCAACAUGGUCAUAUCUUUUGCCUCAACAGGAGACGGAAUUGAAAUCCAUUCAAUCAGCUGAGGAAGAUGCUAUCUUUUAACCAAUUCAAUGAACUUACUACUCCUGAAAUUUUUUGUUGGAUCAUAACAUUUUGACGGUCAAUAUUCCUCCAAUGUAAUUUUCCCCAUGAUUCUUAUUCUGUGUCCUUUGAUAGGUUAUUCCAGCUUGGUUUAAUUGCCUGCCUACAGAAACUGAGUUGAGAAGCCAAACUUGUUCAUAAAAAGCUGUGUACUGGAUUGGUUUGCUCUAGUAUUUAUCCUUAUUUACUGUUUCAAGUUUUGAUUCUGUUACUUUAGUAUUGGUCAUCAAGGCUGCUUACAGGUGUAUAGCAUUCCUAGUAAAUAGUAAUUCAACUAAUCUAAUUAUUUAUUUGGUUUGCCAGUCCAUUGGUUGGCACACUUGCUUUUGGCAAUUGAUUUUCAUUACUUCAUUACGUUGUUGUAAAUCCAAAAAAGAGAACAUCACAAAUGUGGAACAACAUAAGUGUAACGUCUGCUUCCACAUCGAAAUAAGCUACCUUUCGUGCUUAUGAAAAGAGACAUGGUCAGAAAGCAGUGACAAGAGGUCAGUUGAUUGACUGAGCACAUUGAACAAUAUUAACAAUGGUGUUAACCAUCUCUACGGCAGUGAAGUGGAGCAGUGGGAUGGACUUUCUUGCUGUCAGUGAGAAGGAAUAACGCGUGUCCUCAUAAUCAUAGAGAGGUUUGUUAUUUUCUGCUUUUGUUGUACCAUUCAGAUCUUCAUUGUUAUCGGUACUUGGUGAGGUUUAGCAAAUGCGGAUUUGAAUAAGUGUUAGUGAGCUCAAUGUAAGAGUUGGUGAAACUUUCUUGAAUCAUUUGGGGAGGUUAGCAGUUGUAUUCAUUGUAGUGAUUUCUUGUACUCAUUUGUGUGUUUGUUUUAAAUCUUAACUGAUAGAAGCAAUGUGACAAAGCUAUAUCAUUGAGCUCUA